AUGUCGACAGGGCGCGGGCAUGUGGUGGAAUAUCACACAGAUGGCAGCGAGGAUGGUGAUGUUGAGGGAUGUGAAGAACUAAACUAUUCAAUAUAUGACGGUGGGUAUGAUGGCGUUGCUAGAGAAGAUGGGUUCGCCUUUGUUGAUCUUGAUGAGUUAUACAUGAGAAAUGUAAGUUGUGCUAACAAAGAUGGUUCAAUGGAGAGGGAUAUGGAGGUUGGAGACAUCAGUCAGUAUGUAGAUGUGUUAGCUGACAAUGUAGAUUUCUUGAAUAUGAAUGGCGAAAAUGAGUAUACACAUCCCGAGUUUAAUGCUGAGGUUGAUAUGGAAAAUCCUGUCUUCAAGUUAGGAAUGUGCUUUAGCAAUGCUGAGGAGUUUAGAAAGGCCGUUAGGAACCAUGCCAUAAAAAAUGGGAGAAAGGUGAGAGCUCUACAUGUUCCUCAAAUAAGCACUAAAUGGUUGGCAAACAAGUACUGUGAUAGGUUGAGAAACAAUCCUACAUGGCCAGGUGCUUCAAUGAAAAAAACAAUGGAGUCUGAGAAUGUUUUAAAGUUGUCGAGGACAAUGGUUUAUAGAGCUAGGGCAACGGCAAUGAGUAUGAUUACUGGGAAUGAGGAAGAGCAAUUUCGGAUGCUUAGGAGCUAUUGUCAAGCACUUCUUGAUGCCAACCCGGGAUCCACGUGUAUAAUCAAAACCGAGCAAUAUCAAGACCAAUACAAGUUUAAGGCAGUCUAUAUUUGUCUGGAUGCAUUAAGGAGGGGCUUUGUAGAAGGAUGUAGGCGCUUUGUAGGUUUUGAUGGUUGCCAUUUGUCAUCAGGCUACAGGGGUAUACUUCUAGCAGCGGUGGGCAUAGAUGGCAACAAUCAAAUGUAUCCCUUUGCAUGGGCAGUUGUCGGACAAGAAACAUAUAAGACAUGGCAUUGGUUUAUUAGUUUGAUUAUAGAAGACUUGGGGAUUACCGACCCUGAAAAUUCAAAGUACUGGACUUUCUUAUGUGACAAACGAAGGGAUUGGUGCAAGCACUAG